UGUUUGGCUGUUGUGUAGCCGCGCGCUCUCUUGAUUACAGAAGUGACAGGUCGUGAAAUUGGAGGCAAAAGAAGCGAACGAACGAACGCAAGCAACGAAGAGAAGAAAAAAAAACGCGCAACAUCAAAAUCCGAAAUUGCAUCGUUGCAGAUAGAAAGAGAAGGAAGAAGCCGUGAUAGAGUGAAAGAAGAACCCGAAACAAAAUAACAUAGAAAUAUAAUACAAACAGUGCACGAAAACCGUCAGACGCCAUUAAGAAGUGCGCUUGGUCCAAUUGAAUGUGUUUUCGUUCGUUUUUUUGCCUUUAUUUAUGUUUAUACACACGUUUUGUUUACUGGUGCUUGGCUCUCGAGUGUGUCGAUCGGAGUAGAGAAAAGAAAAUGAACCUUUUGAUUUUACUUGCAUAGACUUGUACUGACCAAAAAACCCGAUAUUGGAUAUUGUAGGAUAUUUUUGUUUGUCUUGCUCGUACAAUAAAUUCGAUUCUCACGCACGUGCUAGUUAUUUAGUGUAAUUUUAAGAAGUAUAUUUCGAUAAGUAGAGCUUGGUUUGGUCCAACACACGCAACAAAGAAAGUGAAGUGGCUCACAGUCUGUUUGGAUUUUAGUUUUGAGAUUGAGCCACAACAGUGAACAGUUCUGAACAGGCAACAGUAUGAGCGACGAAACCGAACAAAAUAAUCAAAUUGCAUUGUUCAUGGAAAUAUCGGAAUCGUGGCUGAAUCAUUGAAAAACUGCUGGCUCCAGCAUAAGGCGCAUUGAAUUAAUGUUUAUAUUUUUAAAAGGUGCUGACUUUGAUACGGCCAAACAAGCGCUCAUCGUCAACAAUUUCAACUUGGAACAGGCAAUCAACUAUCAUUUGGAGCGGUCCAAUGCGAUCGGUGCCCCGGAAGAUGAUGUCGCUGCGGCGUCCACAUCAACCGAUGCAAAUCUACCGAUCGAUGAUGAGGAUGAAGUUCGCCCGCCAAUCGCCCCGAAACGUGAACAAUUGAUUCUGCCAAACGAAGACAAUUUUCGGUAUCGCAAACGAAGAACGGUAGCAUCACGAACGACGGUGUGUCCAUUACGGAAUUUCGAACUUGAAGGCCGAAUGCAAGAGGAACGUCUCAAAGCGGCGGUUAUGGGCAAUUUUACGGGUGCCGAUGGAACUGAUGAUGACGACUCAAUGAAUUAUUUAUCAUUGCCGACUACUGCACCGAAUCCAAAAGCAGCCAUGCUCGGUUUUUCGAAUAGUACCCGGGAAUUGUUUCAGAAUCGUGUCACAAGCAGUGUACAAUCGUCCACAAAAGCAUCGGCCGUACCAUCACGUUUGAGCGAACUGUUUCGGCCACCGGUUGACAUCACAUUUUGUGGAUCGUUUCAGGCCGCCCGCGAUUAUGCCAAAGAGCAAAAUAAAUGGCUUAUUGUUAAUGUACAAGAUAUGAGCGAUUUUAAUUGUCAAGUACUGAACCGUGAUAUUUGGUCGAGCGACAAACUACGUGCUGUUAUUAAAAAAUAUUUCAUUUUCUGGCAAGUGGCCAUUGAUAAUACGGAUGGACAUCGUUUUCAAGUAUUUUAUAGCAUUCAAGUGUUUCCGUACGUUGGCAUCAUCGAUCCACGGACCGGCGAAGAAAAACUUAGCUACAAAACUGGAUUCAAAGUCACACUCAACGAUUUUAUGGACAUAUUGAAGAGUUAUCUGAAGGAAAAUACAUCACAUCCGAAUGUGGACGAUGGUGACGUCAGUGAAGUGGAUGAUAAAUUCUUUGAUCCAAUCAAACCAUCAAAUUCAACAAAUAAUCACGCAACAGCAUCACCCUGUGCCAAACGGAAACGACUUGAACCAUCAUCACUCACCGAACAAGAACAAAUUGAAAUUGCCAUUGCACAUUCACUGCGAGAGGUAAGUGCCGCCGAAGAUGACAAUAAAAGUGAGAGUUUUGGUGAGCCAUCGGAUGAGUCGGACUUUGAUUUCGAUGAUGAAUCGUCAAAUCAAUCAUACGUAAAAAGCCAAACAUCACAGACCGUAUCAGAGAAAUCAAAUACAUUUGAUAAUAAAAUAACGGAACCCGAUUGUGAUUCAAAAGUCGAUGAGCCCAUUGCGAGCACAACGAAAGCGGAAACAGUGGAAACGUACGACAAUUAUCUAGGCGAUGAAAGUGACGCAAAAGCGCGAAUACAAUUGCGACUUCCCUCCGGUGAUCGCGAUGUUCUCGAGUGGCCUUGCACGACCAAAUUGAAAGCUCUCAAACUGUAUAUACCAUUUAAAUAUCCCGAACUCACCAGCGAUCCAUACAAAGUGAUUUGCCCAUUUGUCGGCGGUCAAUCCAAUAACAUCCUUGACAUGGACGAUACACUUACGCUGAAAGAAGCCAAUCUGUAUCCAACAGUCAUCUUACAUUUAAGAAAUGAAGACUAAACAAACCAACCAAACCACGUUAUUAAUAUUAUUAUUUUCUAAUUUCCUUUUUCUAUAUCACAACUCUGACAGAAAACAAAACAAAAAAAACGAAUCAGUUGAGAUUAAAAAGUAUUAUGUUCAAAAUUCAAAAUCCAAUUUAUUAUCUUCCGUGUUCGCCGAGAUAAGUUUAAUAUAUUUGUAAUAAUAUUCACUUGUUUUCAUUUCGACGCCCAUAAUUGCAGUCGAAAUUCGACCUGUUUAUGUGAAAUAUGACAUCUUCUAAUUUGUUUUUUGUGAAAAACGUUUAGAAAUAUCUCCCAUUCGGUAAAACAAUAAAGAAUAUUUUUGACGAAACUUA